ACCGGGCGGGCGGAGCCGGCUUUUCUGUCGGCGGACACGGGCCGGCGCACCGCGCCUUUAAGGCGUCCCGCGGAGCCGGGCGCCGGGAACCGAGCGGCGCGGGCACGAGCGCUGCUGCCGGACGCGAGCGAGCGGGGCUGGGGGCCGAGGACCGGCGUCGGGAGCCCGCGGCGCGACCCAGGCGCCCGAGAAUCUCAUUUUCAGCUUCUGCCAGAGCCAGUAGCAGUUGGGAAAGAAGGCUGUGUUCUUUGAAGACCCCACAGGUGUCAGCCAGUCUCACAGAGCAGGAUGGAUCUUGACGUGGUUAACAUGUUUGUGAUCGCCGGCGGGACACUGGCCAUCCCCAUCCUGGCGUUUGUAGCCUCAUUUCUCCUAUGGCCUUCAGCGCUGAUAAAAAUCUACUACUGGUACUGGCGGAGAACACUGGGCAUGCAGGUCCGCUACGCAUACCAUGAAGACUAUCAGUUCUGCUAUUCUUUCCGGGGCAGGCCUGGGCCCAAACCGUCCAUCCUCAUGCUCCAUGGAUUCUCUGCACACAAGGAUAUGUGGCUCAGCGUGGUCAAGUUCCUUCCAAAGAAUCUGCACUUGGUCUGUGUGGACAUGCCAGGACAUGAGGGGACCACCCGAUCCUCCCUGGAUGACCUGUCUAUAGAUGGGCAAGUAAAGAGAAUACACCAGUUUGUAGAAUGCCUCAAGCUGAACAAAAAACCCUUCCAUCUGAUAGGCACCUCCAUGGGUGGCCAUGUGGCUGGGGUAUAUGCCGCUUACUACCCAUCAGAUGUCUGCAGUCUUUGUCUUGUGUGCCCUGCUGGCCUGCAGUACUCAACUGAUAAUCAAUUUGUACAGCGGCUCAAAGAACUGCAGGACUCAGCCGCCGUCGAGAAGAUCCCCUUGAUCCCGUCCACCCCAGAAGAGAUGAGUGAAAUGCUCCAGCUCUGCUCCUAUGUCCGCUUCAAGGUGCCCCAGCAGAUCCUUCAAGGCCUUGUUGACGUCCGCAUUCCUCAUAACAACUUCUACCGAAAGCUGUUUUUGGAAAUCGUCAGUGAGAAGUCAAGAUACUCCCUCCAUCAGAACAUGGACAAGAUCAAGGUUCCCACACAGAUCAUUUGGGGGAAGCAAGACCAGGUGCUUGACGUGUCUGGUGCAGACAUGUUGGCCAAGUCAAUCGCCAACUGCCAGGUGGAACUUCUAGAAAACUGUGGGCAUUCCGUGGUAAUGGAGAGGCCCAGGAAGACAGCCAAGCUCAUCGUUGACUUCUUAGCUUCUGUGCACAGCCCAGGCAACAAUAAGAAGCUGGACUGAGACCCCGACCGCAGCCUGCGCUCACACACAGCAUCUACCCCCAUCUCCAGAAGCGGACGCGGCCACCGUUUCUCAGGGAUCCUGCCCCUAACGUGGUCGGAGCGCCAGCGUCCCUGAGGAGGCCAGUCCCCCCCCCCCCCCCCCGCCACCAUCCCUGUCCCCGGUCUCGACAGAUCCACAGAGCUUCGGGGGCCAUGAGGGAAUCUCCAAGAUAUUUUUUCACAAUCUAGAAACUCCUGUGGGACAAAGUAAAGAAAACCCAGCCAUGAAAUCUACCCGGAAGUCUUCAAGUUCAUGUUGCAAAGCAGCUGCCUUGGACCGUGAUCACCAAGGCCAUUUCCUUUAAAACAUCCUUCACAGACUGAGAACUCGAGGUUUUCCUGUUGCCUCGACGUUCUCCCCUGCAUGGUCAGUGGCUGUUUUAGGAGCAUUAGUCUCCAUCUGCUGAGCCCUUCUCAUUUCUGUCUAGUUUUAAGUUUUGCAUAGAGGCCCGUAUGUGAAUGCACUGUGUCCACUGCAAGACCAGGAGAAUGCAAACUGUAAGAAAUGUUAGCACAUGAGGAGGGGUGCAGGUCCACUUCUGCUAGCCCUCCUAGCUGCCAGAGCAGUGGAGAGCACAGGUGGGUGGUUUGAUGGGCUCCCCCGCAUGUCAGCCCCUGGCAUAAGGGAGCCCAGACCCGUCGAGGUAUGAAGAACACCUAGCAGGGUAGGUGUCCUGGGAAUAAUUUAUUAUUUUUUAAAAUAGGACUAAUGAAGCAAUAAUGUGCUAUAAUCAGACUCGGGUUCCACCACACAAGCGCCUCGUGGGCCUCUUUUCUAUCUUGCUGUGCUAUGAAGACUGUUGGGUGUAAAAUACUAGUUUGUUAAUGAAUUCUGUGAAUUCCGUGAACAGUAAUGUGAUUGAAAAUAAAUCUAAAACAGCUGUAAACGUGACCACAAUGACAUGAAAUAAAUUUAAUAAAUCUAGAUCAGCAACAUGCAGACA